AAAAAGGACUGCUGCCUUCAACAAACGAUUCAUCUGGUUUUUGAAGCCUCCCACAUUUAAAUAAAAUUUUUCCAUUUAAAGCGAGGGAGCGCGCGCGUGUGUGGGGCAGGAGCUUGCGCUUCCUCCUCUGUCCACGAGGGGGAGGUAAAUACAUCUUGGGAAAGGGGAUACUGUACUGUAAGCCCGGCAGGGUGCGUUUCCUCCCCCUGGCCGCCAGAGGGAGGAGCCAUAGGUACGAAAGCGGUCGCCCUUCUCGCCGAACGGACUGGGGAGCGUGUAAAAAUCACCCGGAACCGGAAGCGUGACUUGAACCCGGAAGCGGUUUUCCUUGUUGCGCCGGGAGCCGAAACAAGCGAUCUGUGAGCGAUGAACGCGCCUCCGGCCUUCGAGUCCUUCCUGCUUUUCGAAGGAGAAAAGAAGAUUACAAUAAAUAAGGAUACCAAAGUGCCGAAUGCCUGCCUGUUUACCAUCAACAAGGAAGAUCACACGCUGGGGAAUAUCAUUAAGUCGCAGUUAUUGAAAGACCCUCAGGUGCUGUUUGCAGGGUACAAGGUCCCUCAUCCAUUAGAGCAUAAGAUCAUCAUUCGUGUCCAGACCACCCCUGAUUACAGUCCCCAAGAAGCCUUCACCAACGCCAUCACAGAUCUCAUCAGCGAGCUCUCCCUCCUUGAGGAGAGGUUCCGGGUUGCUAUCAAAGACAAACAAGAAGGAAUUGAAUAAGUACAUGACAUUUUUGCCUAUCUGUUGUAAAUGCAUAAUUUCGUUUUUUCCUUAUAUAGCAGGCUAAUAGCAAGUGUUUAAUAAUGCCUAUACAUUGCUUUGCAUCCUCCAAGAAAUGUGUGUACAUGUGUAGAAGUUGGACAUGAGAUCCCAUUGAUUUAUUUUAUUUUUUCACUAAUAAAUUAUACUUAAGUUUUUCA